ACCACUGUGAUAGUCAGACAACUAAACCAUACAUCACAGAUCUGUUUUCAAGAUCAGGAUACAGACUUUUGGGAUGUCAAACUACACUGGGAAUACAGCCGGUUGUCAGCCACAGCCUAUUAAUGACUUCAUCGCCAUCUUCUUGAGCUUCAUCUACUUCAUUGGCUUUGUGCUAAACUGCAUCAGUUUAUGGAUAUUUUGGUUCAAGGUAAAACCAUGGAACUCCAUGGUUGUUCUCCAGUUCAACCUGGCCAUCUCAGACGCCAUCAUCACCCCGGCAGCUCCUUUGAUUGUUAUGUACUACCUGACAGACAACUGGACCUAUGGGUUGUUUCUCUGCAGGUUUAAGGUCUUCCUGCUCAGCACUAACAUGUAUGGAAGCAUCUACUUCCUCACCAUAAUCAGUAUACAUCGAUAUUUCACCAUUGCCCACAACUUAAAAAGAUUAGUCUUGGGCAGAAAACCGUUUAUAACUAAACUUUGCCUCUUCAUUUGGGGUUGUCUGUUAUGUCAAGGGAUUCCGUUUUUCUUCGUCCUUAAAACUACCAAAGUCCAAAACAUUACAAAAUGUCUCAGCUUCCAUAAAAAUGAUGAGCCCCAUUUAUUUUUUGCCUGGAAUUGGGUCAUUCUCUUUACUGGUCUCCUCAUUCCUUUUUCCAUAACGCUGGUGUGCUACAGUCUACUGAUUAAAUAUAUGCGCAAAGUCAGCCCAAUGAAUACCUUGAGCACAGUGAUGGUGUCCAAGUCAGUGCGGACUAUCACCAUCUCCCUGAUAAUAUUCAUAAUCUGCUACAUCCCCAUCCACAUCACCAGGACAUUGGGUGUUACCAUCAUGUUGUUCUUCCCAGAUUUUUGUUCUUUGCUACGAAGUGUUGAGGCUGCCCAUUACUUCACUUGGAUGCUGUCAGGAACAAACUGUUGUUUGGAUCCUUUACUAUACUGUUUUGCUUCCAGAAGAUUUAAAUGCACAUUAACAAGUUGGUGUACUUCUCUAAAGAGACAGAAUCAGAACAUCACAGAAGAGUCUCAGAAUAACCAACUUGAGGGACUUUCAGAUACUAAUUGCUCUGGUCCUUUCCAGAUCCCGAACACAACAUAA